AUGGUUCUCGUGUCAUCCAAAACCCUUAUCCAGGUGCACGCUGUGCUCCUGCUCGUGAUAGCAGGCUACCUGAUUAAAAACCCGGAGAUGAUCGUCGACUCCGACAUGGUCUUUAUGAUGGGCGAGGCAUUGAAGAUCGAUUUCCCAUCUAUAUCAAGCCCCCAGCAAUCCCCCUUCACUUUUUGCGCGGUGCUGCUCUUCGUCGAAUCCUUGAUCGACCUCGUCCUACUAUCCAACAUCCCCUUCCACGAGGCCCUCGACGAGGCACUGCCCUACAUCCGACCACUAAGAAACGGAAACCUCCCUGCCGAGGACCUUCAAGUCCUCCACAACUUGCCGGAAUACAUCACCAAGUCAUUGACGGUGUACUGGGCCGUUUGGAUUGCUGUCGCGGGCUGCAAAUUUGCGGUUUACGCCGGUCUUGCCUUUUUCAUUUACCAGGGCCGCAUGGACGGAGUUUCGGCCUAUACUAGUGCAGCUGCGCUUGGAGGAUUGGACCUAUUGAGAAAUCGGGUCGUUUUUACCUUCGCUUUCCUGGAGAUGAUGUUUUGGUUCUGGGCCUUCUCUACCCUUCGCCAGGAGCGACAGGAGCGCCUGACCAAGCUGCUGGAAGACACUCGCAACAUGGAGUAA